GUGCACUUUGUCCCCGAGGGGGGGACGGUGGCGCAGAUCGUGUACAGUGACGAGCAGGACCGUCCCUCGCAGCAGGUUGUCUACACGGCCGAUGGCACGUCCUACACCUCUGUGGACACCUCGGAGCACACCCUCGUUUACAUCCACCCCGUGGAAGCUACACAGACUCUGUUUACAGAUCCGUCCCAAGUGGCUUACGUCCAACAGGAUGCCACCACCCAGCAGGCAUCAUUACCGGUGCAUAACCAGGUGUUACCUCCUAUGGAGGCAGUGGAUGGUUCUGACCCCUUGGCACCUCUGCAGAAUCAGAUGGAAAGGAUAGAAACAAAAGAGGAGGAUGAUGAGGAUGAAGAUGAGGAAGAAGAUGGGGAAGACACUGACAUGGAUGAAUGGGAUCCAGAUCCACCUCGGCCCUUUGAUCCCAAUGAUUUGUGGUGUGAAGAGUGUAACAACGCACAUCCCUCGGUGUGUCCAAAACAUGGACCUUUGCAUCCCAUCCCAAACAGGCCUGUGCUGACCAGGGCAAGGGCCAGCCUGCCCCUGGUGCUCUACAUAGACAGGUUCCUGGGAGGAGUGUUCUCCAAGAGGCGCAUCCCAAAGAGGACACAGUUUGGACCUGUGGAAGGGCCCCUGGUCAGGCAAACUGAGCUCAAAGACUGCUACAUCCAUUUGAAGGUUUCUCUUGAUAAGGGGGACAGAAAAGACAGAGAUUUGCAGGAGGACCUGUGGUUUGAACUCUCCAGCGAGGCUCUGUGUAACUGGAUGAUGUUUGUGCGUCCAGCUCAAAACCACCUGGAGCAGAACCUGGUGGCCUAUCAGUAUGGUCACCACAUCUAUUACACCACCAUCAAAAACGUGGAGCCCAAGCAGGAGCUCAAGGUGUGGUAUGCUGCCUCCUACGCCGAGUUUGUGAAUCAGAAGAUCCAUGACAUAUCUGAGGAGGAAAGGAAGGUUCUCAGGGAGCAGGAGAAGAACUGGCCCUGCUACGAGUGCAAUCGGCGUUUCAUGAGCUCAGAGCAGCUCCAGCAGCACCUCAACUCCCACGAUGAGAAGCUGGACUUCUUCAGCAGAGCCAGAGGCCGAGGCCGCGGGCGAGGGAAGAGGAGGUUUGGACCAGGCAGGCGCCCGGGACGUCCUCCCAAAUUCAUGCGCAUGGAAGCAACCAGUGAAAAUGGAGAGAAGUGUGAAGAAGGGACACAGGACUUGCUGCAUUUUUCCAGCAAGGGGCAGUUUGAGGAGGCUGGACAAGGCGCCCUGAACGGGCUGGAGCAGCAGGAACAGACUCCGGUGCCGCCGGAGCCGCCGUCGGCACUGGAGCAGCAGCAGCAGGAGAACCACCACACGCUCCAGGUGCAGCCACAGCACGAGGAGAGCACAGUGCCCACGCAGAGCACCAUGACAGCAGAUGACAUGAGGCGAGCGAAGCGCAUCAGGCUGGAGCUGCAGAAUGCAGCCCUGCAGCACCUGUUCAUCCGCAAGUCCUUCCGCCCGUUCAAGUGCCUGCAGUGUGGGAAAGCCUUCCGAGAGAAGGACAAGCUGGACCAGCACCUGCGCUUCCACGGGAGGGAGGGCAACUGCCCCCUCACCUGUGACAUCUGCAACAAGGGCUUCAUCAACAGCGGCGCCCUCGAGAGCCACAUGAAGUUCCACAUGGACCAGAAAACCUACUCCUGCAUCUUCUGUCCCGAGUCCUUCGACCGCUUGGACCUGCUGAAGGACCACGUGGCCAUCCACGUCAGUGAUGGCUAUUUCACCUGCCCCACCUGCAAGAAACGCUUCCCAGAUUUUAUCCAGGUGAAGAAGCACGUGCGCAGUUUCCACUCUGAGAAGAUCUACCAGUGCACAGAGUGUGACAAAGCUUUCUGCCGCCCCGACAAGCUGCGGCUGCACAUGCUGCGGCACUCGGACCGCAAAGACUUCCUGUGCUCCACCUGUGGCAAGCAGUUCAAGAGGAAGGACAAGCUGCGAGAACACAUGCAGAGGAUGCACAACCCGGAGAGGGAGGCCAAGAAGGCCGAUCGGAUCAGCCGCUCCAAAACCUUCAAGCCGCGGAUCGCGUCCACCGACUACGAGAGCUUCAUGUUCAAGUGCCGCCUCUGCAUGAUGGGCUUCCGCCGCAGGGGCAUGCUGGUGAAUCAUCUAUCAAAGAGACAUCCAGACAUGAAAAUAGAAGAGGUGCCAGAGCUCACGUUGCCCAUCAUCAAACCCAACAGAGAUUACUUCUGUCAAUACUGUGAUAAGGUGUACAAGAGUGCCAGCAAGCGCAAAGCACACAUCCUGAAGAACCAUCCUGGUGCUGAGCUGCCUCCAAGCAUCCGGAAGCUUCGCCCUGCAGGCCCAGGAGAGCCAGAUCCCAUGCUGAGCACCCACACCCAGCUGACAGGCACCAUAGCCACCCCUCCAGUGUGCUGCCCUCACUGCUCCAAGCAGUACAGCAGUAAGACGAAGAUGGUGCAGCACAUCCGCAAGAAGCACCCAGAGUUUGCUCAGCUGCCCAACACGAUCCACACCCCCAUGGCCACGGCUGUCAUCAGCUCCACCCCAGCUGUCCUGGCCACUGACAGCACCACUGGAGAGACUGUCGUGACAACAGAUUUACUGACCCAGGCAAUGACAGAGAUCUCCCAGACCCUCACCACGGACUAUCGGACUCCCCAGGGAGAUUACCAGCGGAUCCAGUACAUCCCUGUGUCUCAAUCCACAACUGGCUUGCAGCAGCCUCAGCACAUACAGCUGCAGGUUGUUCAAGUGGCCCAGGCUACCUCACCUCACCAGUCCCAGCACUCCACAGUGGAUGUUGGGCAGCUGCAUGACCCCCAGACGUACACCCAGCAUGCCAUCCAGGUGCAGCACAUCCAGGUCACCGAGCCGUCGCCAGCAGCUCAGUCAGCAGCACAGGUUGGGGGUCAGCCUUUGAGUCCCUCCUCGCAGCCACCUCAGAAGGAACUCAGCCCCUCCCAGAUGCAGACAGCUCCCUCCACACCAAACCAGGCCCUCCAGCAGCAGCAAGGCUCCUCAGUGCAGCACACCUACCUGCCCAGCACGUGGAACUCCUUCCGCAGCUACUCAUCCGAGAUUCAGAUGAUGACCAUCCCCCAGGGCCAGUACGUGAUCACAGAGACUGCUGUGGGCACACCAGUCACCACUGUCAACACAGGGCAAGUGAAAGCAGUCACUCAGACUCACUAUGUGAUAUCUGAAGGUCAGCCUGACCUGGAUGGCAAACAGAACUCCUCCCUGCCCAGCGAGGUCCCGGUGGGUGUUCCCCAGCCCCCAGCCCACACGGAUCCCUUGGAGCCUCAGCCAGGCAGCCAGCAGCAAACCACCCAGUACAUCAUCACCACCACCACCAACGGCAGCGGUGGCAGCGAAGUGCACAUCACCAAACCCAGGACUUUCCCAGCAGAGCACGAGUGAAGGAGCCUCCUGGUGUCAUUUGCUUGUCCUUGUCACCUCCCCAACAGCAGAUCUAGGGUACUCUGGGGCUGUCUGUGUUUAACCUAUAUGCUCACUUACCUUCAACUAAAAUCUGGAGCUCUU